UCUUGUCUCCGGCCCAAGAUGGCUGCGUCCGUGGCGCGGCGCCUACGGCAGUUGCUGACUCGUCGGGGACUCCGGCCCCAGGGAGGCUGCGUCUGCAACCAGAGCCUACGGAGAAGUUUCGUUACAGAGAGACGGGAUCGGAACCUCCUGUACGAGCACGCGCGCGAGGGCUACAGCGCGCUCCCUCAGCUGGAUAUGGAGCCGCUGUGCGCAUGCCCAGAAGAGGCCGCGCGCGCCCUGGAACUCCGCAAGGGGGUGCUGCGGCCGGUCGACUUGCCCGCGAUCGUGAACCAGGACAACAGUCAGGAGCAGCAGGACCCCCAAUAUCAGGGUCUGCGGGCACGUGGCCGGGAGAUCCGGAAGCAGCUUGUGCUCCUGUACCCCAGAGAGGCAGAGCUAGAAGAGCAGUUCUAUCUGCAGGCACUGAAGCUGCCCAACCAGACCCACCCAGAUGUGCCCGUCGGGGAUGAGAGCCAGGCGCGAGUGCUCCACAUUGUCGGAGACAAGCCAGCUUUCUCCUUUCAACCCCGGGGGCACCUGGAAAUCGGCGAGGAACUCGACAUCAUCCGGCAGAAGCGCUUGUCCCAUGUGUGUGGCCACCGCUCCUAUUACCUGCGUGGGGCUGGGGCCCUCCUGCAGCAUGGCCUGGUGAACUUCACACUCAACAAGCUCAUCCACCGG